CCCAGCUGAAGGACACGAAUGUGGGUCCUUCCUUAUUAUUAUGCGGCCUAGCUGUCUAGGCACUAUAGCGCGAGUGCGGCUGCAACGGCGCGCCCAAGUCUCAUGGCGCGGCGCAGCAGGAGGCCUCACGAGCGAUCGUGCAUCGCAUCGAUCGGUUACCGGUAGCUCUUCCCCUUCCGAAUGCAGCAUAUAUGCGUAACGGGCGCCGCGAUACCGCCGGCGGAAGCUUUGACCGAUGAUGCCCGUGCAGCGGCAUCAACACUCACGACUUCCUCGGAACUUCAUCAACGUGACGUGACGUGGGAUUGUGGGUGUGCGAUUCCAGUGCCGAUUCGAUUCGUGGUCAUGAUCCACGAUUGUGCUCAAGCCAUGUGCAAGCUUGGGCUCCAGAACAGCAGACUGUCGAUGGCGCUCGUCGUGAUUGGCUCGAGCCCCCGUGUUACGCAUGGGGCGUACGUCGGAAGCCAGAGACGCUUGGUUCUGUCAUGCCCGCUUUUAGCUACAAAUCCUCCCACACAUUUCGAGAUACAAUCACGCGGGUACGAUUCGGCCCAGUCAAGCAGAGCGAGCAGCUCAAAGGGGUCCAAGGCACCCAGACUCGCCGCAACACAAGUGGCAUGAAAUGACGCGGAUUUUGCAAUCUUGGCGCUCGACGGACGGCAAAGACGAGGGAGGAGGGGGAGGGAACAAGCUGUUUUGCAUUGCGACUGGCCGACUGGU